AUGUACCUUCCACAGCUGUUGCCUAAAUCGGCAGCCCCUGACAACAAGCACUCAUCAGCGGCCGCUGUCAGUCCCCUCCCCAGCGACGGCUCGUUCCGGACCACAUCAGAAUCCGAGUCCGCAUCCGUGACAAUACCGCCACCAGCCACACGCGGCUCUCCGCCACACCAAACUCUCCUUGCUCUCGAUCGCAACGAACAGCACCAGCACCAUGCCGCCUCUUCCGAAGAGAACCUUGACCAGACACCACAACCUCCUCUCCCCGUCCACCCCUAUUACCACACUCUAGGCCCACCACGGCCCCUUCCCUCCCCCCCAGGUCAUGAUCGGAGGGGACGGAACGUGCACGGGCGGCCCUUGCUGCUGUUGCAGCAGCGGCUACAGGCCCGCGAGGCCGGGACGAUGCGGGCACAGAACGUGACCAUCGGCAUCGUUGUCGGCGUGCUGCUGGCCGUCUUCCUUGCCGGUUUCUUCUACUUUGUCUGGCGCUACCACCGGUCUAUCCGCAUCCGCCGGAGGGGCGGCCAUCACCGGCGUACCUCCAAGGGCUCGCGCAGCUCCGCUUCUCAGUCUACCGGUGCUGCUGCCUAG